AUGUAAUGCUAGUAUUUGUCACAUAUCACAUGUUAGAGGAGGAGCACUUCUCUCUUCUAUAAAACGUCUGCUGGCUUCAUCUGUAACCUGAGAUCCUGCAAACAAGGAUAAAACUUUUCUCAGACUACAAUGUCAAUGUCUGACAACAUCAAGAAACAAUCUGGGAUGGAGAAUGAGGAGAAGAAAAAGGAAAAUUCCAGCCUUGACCAGCUUGAAACUGAGAUCAGUAAACUCAGCAUAAAGGACUCAUCUGACAGAAAAGAUAUCAGAGUCAAAUUUUUGAUCAAUGUUGCAGUGGGAGUGACACCUGAAAUGAGCACAAAUGCUGAAUCACAUUGUCAGAAGUUUCUUGAUCUUCUGAAAAGUCAAGCCUUCAGGGAUGAGGAUGGGUUACGUUAUGAGGACAUUGCUGUCGUUUUUGGCCUUAAUGGAAAAGAAUCAGAUAAAGAAAUUAUAAAAACUGAGUUGAGAAAAACUGUUGAAAGUGAAAUCACUUUUAAAAAAUGGGGCUUUCUAUGGUCAGAUGAUAACAAAAUCCCAUAUCGACUAAUAAGAGAGGAAAAUAAACAAUCUGAGCACACCAAGGAAUUUGUAAGAAAUUUCAGGGAGAACAACCCUGAAGUUCCAAUCUACUUCUGCUUUUUUGAUGCAGACACAGUUGGUUUUAAUGAGGUGUUGAGUUCUUACAUAGAUGUAAUCAGUGAGCACAACUACCCAACAGUAAUGUCAACUGGUUUUCUGUUCCCUGAAGACAGUGAGUUCAGAAUACAGAGUGACCAUGACCGAGAAGUGCGCAUAAUAACAGCUGAGCACUUUCCUCUGGGCACUUACUACCCAGAGCCUAACUUCUGCGUGCUUCUACCUGAUGGAUGUGACACUCUUCCUGAGUGUUUUAAUGGUGCAGAAGAUACACAAAUGAACAUGGAAUCUCCUGUUUUGAUAAGACAAGUAAAACAACGCAAGGGUUUCUCUGCUGUGUUUGCAAACAAAAAACCAAUUAUUACAUGUGAUUCAAGACAAAAACAUAGUCACACCAAACCACGGACCUGGGCAAUUAGCGCUUAUACACACAGAGAGCUUAUAAUCACUAGUAGGUGUAAAGAAGAAUAUAUAAGAGACAGGACUAAUGCAUGUGGUAUAUAUUACUUUGCUAUAUCUUUGUUAGGGACUCUUUUAAAGUCAGAAAAGAGGGCACAAGAGAUAGAAAUGGGUGAAUAUUUUGCAGGUGAUGGUGCAGAUAAAGUAAUUCAGGCAGCUAAAGCUGUUCGAGGAUAUCUAAGCCAAAUAAAUGCAGAACAGAAUGAUGCCAGAGGUUUGGAAGAUCCACGAGAGCAAGAAGAGACAGAAGAGCAAGAAGAGACAGAAGAGUCAGAAGAACUAGAAGAGACAGAAGAGCUAGAAGAUCCAGAGCAAAGAAGAGCUAGAAGAGAGAGGAAGAAGAGGUAG